AUGAUCAUGAAAAAUAUCGCCUAUUCUCUUUCACUCUCUGCUGCCCUAUGCAUCACGACGCCCGCAUUCAGCGAAACCUGGACCGUCGAUCCAGCGCAAAGCAAACUCGGCUUCGAAGUCCAGCAGGGCUCCGGGGCACUGACGGGAACCUUUGCAUCCUGGGAUGCCAGCAUCGAUUUUGAUGUCAACUCGCCGGAAACUGCGAAAAUUUCAGCACAAAUCAAACCUGCAAGUGCUGCCACGGGCAAUCCUCAGUUCGACACGACAAUGCCGGCGGAAGACUGGUUCAACGUCGCCGGGUUUCCGGUCGCCGAAUUCCAGGCAGACGGAGCGUCCCUUGUCGAAGGCAACAGCUAUCAGGCCAGCGGCACGCUGACCAUCAAGGGUGUUUCACAUCCCGUGCAACUGGAUUUCACGCUGAAUAUUGACGGCGACACGGCAAAUGCGAAGGGAACCGCUAAACUCAACAGACUUGACUACAUGCUCGGAGCCGGUGUUGGAACCGAUACGGUCGGAGAUACCGUUACGGUGACCCUGGACCUGACAGCCACCAGAUAG